GUGACCCGAAGUGUGACGUAGGAGGAAGGAGACGCCAUUAGAGGGAGACUGAGAGGCAUCGUUCUUCGCCUUUCCUCCGGUGCCUGACGUGGUGGACUGGGCCCUUCAUUCUCGGACUUUCCCUCGGCCCUGCCAGGCCUCGUCCGAGGAGGGAGUGGCGACAGCGCCCAGGUCGGCGGGACCGGGGCGGUGGGGGCUGAGCCGGCAGUGGUUGUGAAGGCGCUGCUGCGGCCGUGGGGAGGGCGGCGCGACACUCGGGCUCGGGCGGCGGGGAAGCGACGGGAUGGCUGCGGCCGGCGGCGGGGGGGCGGCGGCAGCGGCGGCGGGCCGAGCCUACUCGUUCAAGGUGGUGCUGCUGGGGGAAGGCUGCGUGGGGAAGACGUCGCUGGUGCUGCGCUACUGCGAGAACAAGUUUAACGACAAGCACAUCACCACUCUGCAGGCAUCAUUCUUAACAAAGAAGUUAAAUAUUGGUGGGAAAAGAGUAAACCUUGCCAUAUGGGAUACAGCAGGUCAAGAGAGAUUCCAUGCGUUGGGUCCAAUUUACUACAGAGAUUCAAAUGGAGCUAUUUUAGUUUAUGACAUAACAGAUGAAGAUUCUUUUCAGAAGGUAAAAAACUGGGUCAAAGAAUUACGGAAAAUGUUGGGAAAUGAAAUCUGUUUAUGUAUAGUUGGUAAUAAAAUAGACUUGGAAAAGGAGAGACAUGUUUCCAUUCAAGAAGCAGAAUCGUAUGCAGAAUCUGUGGGAGCAAAACAUUAUCAUACUUCAGCCAAACAGAACAAAGGAAUUGAGGAACUCUUUCUUGACCUUUGUAAAAGGAUGAUAGAAACAGCACAAGUGGAUGAGAGAGCGAAAGGCAAUGGCUCUAGUCAACCAGGAACUGCAAGGCGAGGUGUACAGAUUAUUGAUGAUGAACCUCAAGCCCAGACCAGUGGUGGAGGGUGCUGUUCUUCUGGAUAACUGUUCACGCCUAAGAAAUUAAAAGACAGAAUAAAACUGUGGAUCAUUGCCCUCAACAUGAAGACUGCCAUAUUCCAAGUCACAUUAUUUUACCAAUGGAAUUAUAGAAUUAACAGUAUUUUAAAUUACGUUUAUAACACUGCAGAGACCUUAAGUGCUAAACUUAGUGGAGUUUGUGACCAGAGAAUUGGCAUUUUCUACAAAUGUUAACAAAGCAAUUACCAAUGGCCUUUUUACAUAUUUUUUUCUUUAAUGAGGAAUAUUAUGCAUGUAGAAAAGACCUACUUAAAGGCUUCAUUUAUAUUCUUUCAAAUCAAAUCUUUAUUUAAUAACUUAUAUAUGUUGUUGGAAUGGUUACAUUUUUGCAGCCCUUUGUAUUUUGUGGUAGUUUGAAUUGUAUCACUUCUAAACAGCAAACUGUUUAUGUUUCUGUUUUUGUUUUUAAUUAGCAAAUAUCUGAAGUACUAUUUUUGCAGGGUUUGCACAGGCCCCUAACUGUCUACUACUUUGAUAUAAUCUGUAUACAUCCUGUAUGCUGAGCUGGUAAAAUACAUUGUAAAUUACAUAUUAAAUAUUUUAUCUGCUUUUACAAGCGCAAGGUGCAAAAAUAUGUACAAUAGUCUCAUUGAUGACUGUAAAGUGAAUUAACAUUUGGUGAUAAUGCCUAAGCUUUUUUGACUCUAAAGAUCAUAGCUCCCCUUCACUUCUGUCUUAACUUGAACAUGGCUUGUUUAAAUUUUUAUACAUACUUUACUUGAAUUAUUGCUGUUGUCAUAUAUUUUUGCCUCUGUGAGUUCAUCUGAUGGUUGAGCAGUAGCAUUUGCCUUUUGGUUUUUUGUUGUUUUUAUAGAAAAGAUGACUUCUGCUGAUUCUGCUUUUGAAUAGUUACCUUGGAAGAAUUUGGGUGGCUCAUGUCGAAUUUCACUUCUGCAAUAGCUUUAGUUUUCUCAUAGGCUUUAUAUGAGAUGGUUUCAGUGGUAUGAGCAGGAGGAAGAGAUCCCAGACAGUAGCCAGUCACCAAGACUCAUUCAUAUAGCAUGUAGUUUAUGUUCCUGAGGCAGCACUUUUAGAUCCUUUGUGAGCAAGUUCUGUUUGUUCAUUGCUUGCCAGAGAUGAACACAGAAUGUUCUGUUUCAUUUUAUAAGAACUAUCCUGAGUUUCUAUGGAUGGAAACAUGACAUGUAAUACAGUUACAGUGAACACUGGAAAGAUUUAUUAAAGAAUUAUAUUUGUGUAUACUUUAUAAAUUAGUCCCUCAUUAGAUUUUUUUUCUUAAGCCUAAAACUGAACUUACAUGUGUUAAUUUUAGUAGAAUCAGGCACUGCUCACAGAAGGAACACAGAUUGUGGAAAUUAACAUAAAUUGUUCUUGUUCUAAUAUAUAUAUUUUUUCAUUUCUGUCAUGCUUGGAAAACUAGUAAAUGUUAUGUCUAAGAUAAAA